AUGGACAAGACCGCUCAGGCUCGGCCCGAACUGGGUCCCUCCCUGCAGGCGGCAGAACCAAACUCGAUCGCCGUGGCAGACCAUACCCCCAACGACGCUUCUAUCCAUAUCCCGCCCGACUCUGCACCCGACAGCCCACCUUCUCAACCGAUCCGGGUGCCGUUAAACCCUGCACCGCCGCUCGAAGCCCCGAUCCCGCCCCAGCUCCCUCCACUACGAAGCCGAACGGCGACGUCUCCGGUGGUUGGCCCCUCUCCGAUUCACAGGGCCACUGCCCGAACUGCAGCGGUGUCGUCCGCCACCAAUCAUUCGACACAGAUCCUCGGUAGGAGACAGAGGGCCGAGCUCGACGAAGAAGCAGAGGAGGGAGGAGCACACGACAGCACGUCCGGCAACACCGCUGCCUCCGGCCCGAGUCCGAAGCGAAGACGCCGAGCCAACAUGCUGAUGGAGCUGGAUAAAGGAGAACCCUCGACCCGGGCUUCGCAAACGGUGGCUAACGGGUCCCGGGCCGGCGGGGAACAUUCCUUGGGAGCUUCGAGCACCCCGCUUAAGGCGCAUUCCGACGCCGCGCGCAACCCCAGGCUUAAUGGGGCCUCUGCGGGAGUGCGGCAUGAGACCUACUAUGGUCAUAGUCGGGAGGAGGUGACGCGCAUCUUGAUACAGGCGCUGAACGACCUGGGUUACAAGGCGGCGGCGGACAACGUUGGCCAGGAUAGCGGCUUCCAGGUAGAGAGCCCAGACGUGAUUGCCUUCCGACAAGCCGUGCUGGAUGGGUCCUGGGUCAAGGCGGAGGAGUUGCUCUGUGGCAAAACCGCUCGCGGACCCAGGCUUGUCCUGGCUUCCGGAGCAGAUCGCGACGCUAUGAGGUUUAGGCUGCGGCGGCAGAAGUACCUCGAGCUCUUGGAAAAGGGUGAUACGGGUCGGGCAUUGGCUGUGCUUCGGAAUGAGCUCACGCCCUUGUGUCAGGAACAACACCAAGCAAUCCCCCUCCUCUCGAGACUCCUCAUGUGCCAAGACGCCAACGAGGUCAAGGUGCGGGCUAACUGGGACGGCGCGAACGGCCGGUCGAGGCAGAUAUUGCUCGCACAGCUUUCAGAAUCCAUUUCCCCGUCUGUUAUGCUACCGGAGCGCCGCUUGGCUGUUCUUUUAGACGAUGUGAAAAACAGCCAGGCGGAGAGAUGCCGUUAUCACACAGACGACGCGCUGCCAUCGCUUUGCGUGGAUCAUUCCUGCGACAGGAGCCGAUUCCCUUCCGAGAUUCUGGUGGAAUUGUCACCUCCGGGAUUGGCAUCGUCUAAGAAGCUCGACGAGAUCUGGCAGGUCCGCUUCUCGCCCAACGGAAAACGCCUGGCCGCUUGCGGUACGGACGACGCGGUCAACAUCUGGGACGUUGAGCGCCUCACGUUUUGUCACCAGCUAUCUGAACAUCAAAAGCCCGGAAUUGGCAACCUCGCCUGGAGCCCUGACAGCAAGCUCCUUGUUACCUGUGGUCUCGAUCAUACCGCUAAGCUCUGGGACGCCGAGUCCGGGGAGUGUUUGCGGGUGAUUGAUGAUUUCGAGGAGCCCGUGAGCAGCUGCGUCUGGGCCGCGGACGGUCAGUCGUUUGUCACCGGGUCGUUUGACAAGACCCGGUCUCUGAAGUUGUGGAACCUGCGCGGCGAUUGCAUCCAUACCUGGCCUAAUCUGCACAGGACCGAAGACCUCGCUCUUUCGCGCGAUCAGCACUGGCUGGUUGCUACGGACAACCAGUGCGCCCUCCAUGUUUACAAUCUUGUCACUCGGGAGCAUGUGUAUGACCUGGUACUCAACUCGAGGGCCGCGUCGCUCAGCAUAAGCCGGGAUUCCAAGUUUCUCCUCGUCAACAAGGUGGAUUGCGAAGCAGUCUUGAUCGACCUUGAGACGCGCGAGACGGUGCAGAAGUUCACGGGCCAGAAGGGGGGGAACUUUACUAUUAGAAGCUCUUUUGGUGGUGCCAACGAGAACUUUGUUAUCUCGGGUAGCGAAGACGGCCACGUCUUUAUCUGGCACAAGGUGACGGGCAUUCUCGUCCACGAGGCCGAAGCGCACCACACAAGCUGCAACGCAGUCGCUUGGAACCCAGCGGACCCGUGCAUGUAUGCCACAGCCGGCGACGAUGGCAGAGUCAAAAUGUGA